AUAAUUAGUGGGAAGAAAACGGUAAGUUUCCAAUGCAAAACAUUCUCAAAAGGAACAAGAAACGAAUCUGUGGCGUGAAUCAUGAUCCAACUGCCAAUCUUGAAAGCACACGCUCCAGCCGCCGCCCCAUAGAUACCUAUCAAAACAAAAUUAUAGAACUCACAAUUUCUCACGUGAAUCUCCUCUUUCUAUCUGUCAUUUUCGGUGUAUUAAUUGUACAUUGAUUGGUGCAAUUUGAGAAACCACAGAAGUCUGUAGUGUUGAGCACUCCUCAAAGUUUCUUGAUUCUUAUGUGGGUGUCUAUAAUUUAAGACUUUUGAGUUUUUAAAUUUUGUGACUACUGGAAUUAUUUUGUGGGUUUUGUUGAAUAUUUGAUUUUUUAAUGUGGGUUCUGUAAGAAUUAUGUGUUUUGAUAUAGGUUUUGGAGAUAGGUGUUGUUUAUUGAUUCUUAUAUAUGAUUCUUUUUGGGUGGUGGGCUUUCUGGGUCUGUGAAGUUUCUGCCUAGAGACUUUCUUUCCUUUUGAUUUGAAGUGAUACUGAGAAACUGAUAAACACAAUAGUAGCAUUGUUUGGCUGUUUACAUUGGACCCCUCUUUGAUCAAAUUUUUUUGGGUUGCAAAGAUUAUUCGUUUUGGACUUGUCUUGCGGAGUUGGAUUUGCUUUCUUGAAUUGUCUUAAUAGAGGACUUCUGGCGUGAAUUAUCCGAGUAUUUGAUUUGUGGCUAUGUCUGGCGGAACACCUGUUGGGUCACUUGGGUGUAAAAGCAUGAGGCAGAGGCAUAGUCAAGGAUAUGCCUCGAGUGGUGAUGACCUUGAAGAUGAUGCAUGUUCAAGGGCAAUGUCUCAACCUUAUUCAUUGCCGAGAACUAGGACAUGGUUUGAAGUUUUAGAGAAUUUUCUCUGGAUUGCUUCUGCCAUUUUUAUCGUGUACUAUGGGGACAGGAACUCAAAUUUCAUAUACCUCCUGUUGCACGAUGAUCGGAUUAGAAGUAUGCUCGUGUCCCUACAUGGUUAUGCUGUAUCUCUAUAGAAGGGGUUUGAGGGUGAUACAGUCUGACAUGAAUGAUACAUCUAGUCCGCAGAUGUUUAAUAAUAAUAUAUUAUCAACGAUAUGGAUAUAGGUAUACAAUAAAGGUAUG